UCAGCCAAGUUGAAAUCAAAUUUUAAUAACAAAGAGAUGCCUCAAUCGAAGAUCAAUUUGACAAGAUCGUAAAUUGCGAUUAGAGUUAUUCUUCUAACUAUGAAUGAUGUUUAUACUUCAAUAUUCAGGUGACUGGUGAUUGCGAAGGUUGCCUUGUUAAUCGGGCAUCACAAUUAUUUCAAAGUAGGAAAAAGUACUCGUUAAAACUAGAUGACAACACCGUGGCGGUGCUGAGAGAAUGGACAUUACAUUGGACGAUCGCUUAGACACGCUGCAACAGAUAAGUCAGCGAAAGCUUGUCGAUAUAUUGGACAAUGUAUCAGGAAAAAAAGACUUGAUUAUCGAGCCCAAGUUGAUGAAAACUCUUGAGUGUUUUAUAGGUGUUACAGCUCUCAGGCGUUCUGGAGUUGAUAAAAUCUUUAAACUUGAGGAAGGGCUUAAGGCAGCCAACACCCAGCGCCUAUUUUUAGUAUCCAGUGAUCUAAUUGCUUGCAAGAGAGUUCUUAACCAGAUACACGCCGAACUUUCCCAAAGCCGUGGACUCUCACAUCAUUUGUUAGUUGUUCCACGUGUUCCAGCUGCGUUGGAACUUUUGGUAGAAGAAGAAGGUCUUUACGAGCUGGUUAAACUUCGUUCACUAUCCUGGGAAUUCAUUAGAUCUGAUGGCAAUGUGUUAUCACUGGAAACCCGGAUGUACGCUGACUUGUAUUACCACAGAGAUACGAGCCUCUUGCCUGCCAUCGCAAAGAACUUGUGGUCGCUGCAUAUGAUCGUAGGUCGACCUAAGGUCACCUUGUGUUUCGGCAAAUAUAGUAAAAUAGUUUUAAAAAUGACAGAGUCAAUGGAGGAGUGGUUCUCAUCGCAAAAUCCUACCAGCCAGUCUGGCUGCAUGAUAUUAAUGGACAGAGCCCACGACUUACCGUCCGCUCUUCUCACCCCUGUUACAUACUUGGGCCUAAUGGGAGAAAUUUUGGAAAUUAAUGCUGGCACUGCAUACUCAAAAGGCUCUCAGACCAAAUUAAAUCCAAAAACUGAUCAUGUGUACGGGGAAGUUAGAGACAGACACUUUAGUGACGUUUUUCCGUACCUUCGUAAUAAGGCAAAACGGUUAAAGUCGGAGCAAGAAGCUACUCAAACUAUGCAGUUAGCAGAAAUGAAACGCUAUGUCGCAACCAAGCUCCCGAAAGUGACAGAAGCCAAGAGACAGUUGGGGUUUCACAUUGCUGUAUGUGAGACUAUAGUUGGAGAGCUUGGCCCAGACUUUGAGGCCUUGCAGUCGGUUGAAAAGUCAAUACUUGAGUGUCGCAGGAGGAAGGAGUGUUUAGAAUACAUCGAAACAAACAUAGAUAAGCAUCCUCUGCGCAGCCUCAGGCUUCUAGCUUUGCUAUCUGUCAUCAGCGACGGAGUUACCCAAAGUGAAGUGAAGCCGAUUCAGGCGGCUUACCUACAUGCUCACGGUUAUCACAACAUCCCCCUGUUCUGGAAGAUGGAACAGGCGGGGCUCAUCGUUUACCGAACCGAUAACGUUCUCCAAAAACUUCCCAAGUGGAGCAGCGAAUGGGCCACUGCUGCUCAAAAGCUAAAACAACUUCCAAAUCAUGCAAAACCUCUAGAUCUGAAGUCUCCGACGUGCUCGAGCUAUGUUUUUGGCGGCUCCUAUAUUCCGACAAUAGCACAGCUGGCAAGGCUUAUUCUCAAUCAAGAAACCGACGCGAAAUGUUUGAACUAUUUACACAGUUUGUCGGACUUUUCGCUAACCGGGCAACAGGAUGCCGUGCAAACGGGGCCCGUGACCAUUUGCAUUAUCGGCGGAAUUACAUACGCCGAAAUAGCGGCUUGCAGGCUGAUAGAACAGUCAACUGGAAGCCGUUUCAUAUUUGCCUCGGACACGACCUUCACGGGAAAUCAACUUCUCGAAAGCAUUAAGAAUAUCUAAGUAUAAUCUAGGUAUAGAAUAUAACAUCGUACAGUUGCACUGUAGGUAUUGUAUCAUCGAAU